AACAACCACGCCCUUCCCCAAAUACCUUUUCUGCAGAAGAAAGCAGAAAGUAGCUUGACGGUAACUUGCACAUGAAGUAAGUUGUACGUUGCUCCAGACCACUGCUAGUGACGCCUGUCAGAGUCUUAGUAUUUCCCUAAAUCCACAAGGAAUGUCUGGUGGAUUUGUGAAUAACAGCAGCUUGGAGGUACCCUCAGGCAAUGGGUCGACUCUGAGCAGGGAGCUGUGUGACCUCACUCAAGGCUUCAGUUUCAUCCUACAGACUGUACUGGGAGUGCUAGCCUUCAGCACCCUCCUGAUCAAGAGAUACAAAGAGCCAGCUGAGUGUCGACGACCAUUCUGGAUAUGGGGAGCAGAUACCACAAAGCAAGCACUAGGCAUGCUGGAAAUUCAUUUCGUGAAUCUUGGUCUUGCAGCAAUUGUUACAGAGAAGGAGUGCAUUACAUAUUUGGUUAGUUUCCUGUUGGACUCAACCGUUGGAUUGCUACUGAUUUUCAUCUUGCUGAAACUGGUGGCACUCAUGGUGUACUGCUGCAAAUGGCCACUUCUCAAGUCAGGAGAGUACGGCACUCCAUUCAAGUGUCACUAUUGGCUGGCUCAGUGUGGUGUGUACCUGGCUGUUAUGCUUGUAGAGAAGCUCAUCGUCGGACCACUUAUAAUCUUUGACUUUUGGAACAAGAUGGAAGUUGUACUGCCGUCAAAUCAGAACGUGAGGGUCGUUAUAGUCAUCUUCAUAGUGCCUUUUAUAGUGAAUGUGUUAAUGUUCUGGAUAGUGGAUAGUUUGCUGAUGCGUAAACAGACUAAACAGAACAAGCCAGUGCCUUCAAAGAACAAGGCCAAGUACAACAAACUGAAGACCACGGGAGACAGUGGGUCAGAGUCAGACGAGUGUGAUGUCAUCUACACUAGCAUGAACCCACAUAGCACUACAGUGACUGCCCAGCCCAGUAAGAACAAGUCUGAUCACCCCAUUAAUAUGAGCUUACUGUCUAGUGCUGAUCGUAGGUAGUGUGUGCAGUGAUGCUAGUGUUAUUAUAGUUUUAUGUAUAAUAUUAUUGUGUUUAUAAUACACAGGUUUUUAAUCAUUCUAA